AUGGCGCCCGCUCUCCCUAAUCGCCCGCGCGGGCUCGCUGAUCCUCGGCGCCCUACCGUCUAUCGCUUUCCCGAGUUUGGGGUUCCGCUUUUCGGAAAGGCCCACUUCUACCCGCCAUCGCGCCGCUAUACAGGGAACGCCUACUGGCCAAUAGUUGCAGGCCCUUCUGCAGCCCGCAUGCCACCGAUGGCCCUGUUAUCGGAAACGAGUUUAGAAAUGCAGGCUCGAGGCACUUCGUCUUCAUUCUUCGGAGAGGUAGAAUGGGAGCCCAACUCUCGAAACCGAAAAGCCAUGCAACAUGUCCAUGUUCCAGCGCGAUUGCCGGAUUCGGCCACAAUCUACCCAUGCUGCCCCUUCGCGAACUCAAGACGGCGACUCAAAAGAAGACGCAAAUUCACUGAAGUGCCCCUGAAGAUUGAAGAGGUAGACGCAGCGUAG